CUUAACAUUAACCAAUGCUUGACGUCUGCUGUCUCUGUUUUUUUCCCCUUCUUAUUCUGUGUUUUUUUUCCGGUGAAUAAGGCCACCAUCUUACUUUCUAAGGAACUCAACUUUUUCCAUUAUUCUCUGUGUACAUGAUCUCGACCGAGGAGGACACAGAUUCCGGCAUAUAAUCGACAAGCACAACCACGAUGAAUUCACAUUGGUCAUUCCAUAUUCUCUCGUGUUCUCUUGGACGAUAUUCUGCGGCAUGAAUCUCUCGGUCUCCAACUGGAGAUUCCAACCGUGCGGAAAGUGUUGGCAAAUUGGGUCGGAUGCGUUUCGAUCCGGCAAGUUGGAUUAAGUACGUCCUGUCAUCAUCUUGAAGAAGGGAACGCGCGAGCUCCUCCUCCAGAUCAGACCACCUUUCCCAUCUUCAUCUUCAUCUUCUUGAAAGAGAGAGAGAAGGAAAACAGAAAGAGGAGAGCCAAAUCCCACAGUGAACGGCGCGUUUGAGGGGGCAACCAUCGUCCUCAGAUCUGGCAAGGGAAGAACAUUUCGGGUCGGACUCAUGCUUGGUUGGGGCUCCAGUAAGAAAGAGAUAUCAAAUGCCUUGUCCAUUGUGGAACUUCUGGUGCACAUGGACUGCGAAGGGUGCGAGAAGAGGGUGCGAAGGGCGGUAUCGAAAAUAGCCGGGGUGGACAGUGUGGAGGUGGACAUGGACUCGCAGAAGGUGACGGUGACCGGGUACGUCGACCAGAGGAAGGUGUUGAAGGCGGUGAGGAGGGCGGGGCGGAAGGCCGAGUUUUGGCCCUACCCGUACGACAGCGAGUACUACCCCUACGCCGCCCAGUACCUCGACGAGUCCACCUUCUCCUCCACCUACAACUACUACCGCCAUGGCUUCAACGAGAGCAUCCACGGCUACUUCCCCAACCAGGCCUACUCCACCGUCGACGACGACACCGUCUUCAUGUUCAGCGACGACAACGUCCACGCGUGCGCCGUCAUGUGAGGCGAUCGCUCGAUAACGAGAAGAUGGGGCAGCACCGAGAUGUGAUGAAACUGGAUAGGAUAAAAUAUGUGAACACCGGAUUUCAUAUGGCGGAUGACCGUUGACAUAUUGACCUUGGUGAAAAGUACGAUGCACUUUACUACUACUUGAAUAAGAUAAGGGCACAUGUUUUAUGCAUGAUGAUGGUCGGUACUUGUCGAUGUCUUGAUUCUU